GAUGGUGGUGCUGCCCUGCGCCUCCUUCUGUGAGGCAGCCAGACAAGGCUGCGAGCCCGUCCUGCAGAUGUUUAACGCCUCCUGGCCCGACUUUCUGCGCUGCUCACAGUUCAGUAACGUGACUUCUGCUUUGGCUCCGCCCUCAUCACCAUCUCCUCCAUCGUCGUUGCCCAUGGGGACCGCAGGCCUCCCUCCUCCUGUGUGUUUCACUCCGCGACAGACCAAAGGAAAACCCUCUGUGUGUGGAGGGAAAGACCACUUCCUGUGUGCGACGGGGAUUUGUGUCCCACAGAAACUGGUGUGUAACGGUUAUAACGACUGCGACGACUGGAGCGACGAAACACACUGUGGUCUGAAAACACACACACACACACACACACA